GGUGGGAAAGCCGUCCAUUUCAAUUAUUUCUCAAAUGCUCCUCCUCCUGAUCAGCAAGGCCAGAAGAAUGAGAAGAGGGGGGCGCUCAUGCGACGCGACACUACCUACGCCACCAGGAGUGCGGAUUCUUCUCAAGCGGCCAAGCGGGUACUUCAUGCUAAGCAUAAAUUCCUCUUCUUCCCAUUCGAGACAUGGCGCCGCCUGGAGAAGCGAGGACAGCCAUCCGGCAUGCUUUGGGCUUGUCUUUUUCUUGUCUUCUCUUGCGUCUUCUCGGCUGGGACGGUGCGCCAUCGCGCAUCCAGUGGCUUCAAGGAUGGACGAGGGAGACGAGGAUUGCCGGCGAACAGAACCACAGCAGGCAGGUGACACCGCAAGCUAGCAGCAGCUUGCAUGUGCUCUCUAUCCAUGACGAUAUUCUU